CCCUAUCCCGACUCUGCUGGGGCUCACGUUUUCAGCGGGUAUGCAGUCGCAGUGCUCGGCCAGCGCUCUCGGGGCCCUGGUGACCUUGGUGGGCUUCAUGGCCCACGUCGUGAUCGGGCCCGCGCUGGCUCCUGAAGGCGCUGCUUGGCCGCGGGACGGCCAUGGACACGAGCUGGAGGACAGCUCGGCGUCGGCGACGGUGACGAGGACCACCACGGCCAGCCCGGCGCCCGUGUGCCAUUUCCUGGCGCCGCUGGCGCCAGAGGCGGCCGCCCCGCAGCCGCUGCGGGUGGCCGGAAACGGGCUCGCGGCCACGGUGGAGCUGCCCGUGGCGUUGGUCGGCGGCAGCACGGCGGCAGCGGCGGCGGUGGCCUGUGGCGCUGGCUGGGAGCUGGCCUCGCGGCGGAGCUCGGCCAGGCUUGCGUUCGAGCCGAUCGGCGAGGCGCGGAUCCACGUGGCGCGAUGGCGCUGGACGAUGCCGCGCUGGGUCUGCGCGUGCUGGUGCAGUGCGGCGCGGACCCAGGGACCUGGCGGACUACAACUCGAUCGCGAGAUGGACUGGGCGGCGGCGGUACCCCCUGGGGUCAGAGACGUGGUCGCGUUCAACCGAGAGCUGCAGCGUGACGAGGUGUUCAGCCUUGUGAGACGCGCACGAGGAGAGGUGGUGCUGGAGAACGGCGCUGGCGCUACCAGCUGGUGGACGCAGGACGGGAUCGACUGGGCUUGGCAUCACCUGGCGGUGCCGGCUGCUACGGCCGUGGAGGUCCCUCGCGUUCGUCGGCGAGUGAGCGGGAAUCACAGUAAGGCCCAGACGAAGGGCGCUGCUAUUACGGAGCCCGCGUUACCCUUGACCGAUGGCGCUCCUCCGCCGCCUCCGUCGCCCUGCGACCGUCCCUCGGGCUGCUGGGUGCUGGCCGCGCUGGAGGGCGGCGAGGACUUCGGCCGCCAGGUCGAGAUUUCGGCGGUGGCGAUCCUGCGCGGGCGACAUGGUCUCGGCAAGUUUGAUGGUGAGUGGGUCCCCAUGGUGUGCGUAACUACGGGGGCGCCUGAGGGCUGGCGAGAUGAGAAGAUCAUCGCAGCGGAUCGCCUCGGGCCGCCUCGCGCCCGCCUGGGCGAUCAUCUCUUCCCUGACGGCGAGGUGGCGGUCGCCGGCGCGCCCCUGCCCGUGGCGUCGGGCGAGGAGGGGCCCGCCGCAGCCGGCGGUGAGAUUCGUGGGGGCCCGAGGACGUGCUGGAUCGAUGUCGACGACACGGGGUCGGGAUUCAAGGAGUGGCGCAACGUUGGGGAGAGCGCGCAGGAGGUGAUCGCCGAAGCGAGCCUCCAUGGGGCGCACGCUUGCUUGGAGGGCGCGGAGGCCCGCGCGUGCAGGGCCGACCAGGCUAGCGGGGGCGCGGUCAAGUACCUGGCCGGGACUUCAGACCCGCUCGACCUGGCGCCAGGGGCAGUUCGCCGCUGUGCGAGUCGCCUGAGCAAGGAGGAGCGGGAGCUGGAGGCGCUGCGGGCUCGCGCCAAGGCGCCGGGCAUGACGCCUGGCGAGGGCGCGCGGGCUGUUGCCGCGGCGGCGGCGAUGCUGGAGACGGGGGCCGUGUCGGCGGCCGUGGGCGCGGGCGUGGCGGGCGGGGCCGCGGGCCUCGCCCGCCGGUGGCUAGGCGACGGCAGUGCGGCCUGCGAGAUCUUGAACUAUUUGCGUGGGCGAUUUUUGUCAACGGCCCGCCGGUGGUUCGGCGUUGACAGCGCCGUCUCGGAGGAGGGGGCCCUCGCCGGGCGUCUCAAGGGCAAGGCGGGGCGCGCUCCGCUUGGCUCAACCAGUAUGGGCUCCUACGAGUACCCGCGGGUCAGCUUGCCAGAGAGUGUCGUCGAUGGUCCCAGCCUGGCCUCGAUGCUAGCCGCGCAGGCGAGGCUCUACUUCGACGAGUUUGCCGCCCUCGGCCACUGCGUGCACGUGGGCAACGCAGGCGUCAUCGGCCUGCGCGCUCCGCGCGUUGAGGCGGCGCUGUUGGAGGCGCAGAAGGAUUUCGACAACGAUCGCUUGAAGUUCCACGAGGUUGAGCUGCUGCCCGAGGGGGGCCGCGCCCUCGGCUGUUUCGUGGAGGGGGGGUGGCUCGCUACCCGGCCCACUGACAAGAGGUUCGCCGUGGCUCGGAAGGGCCUCAGAUGUCUCCUGGGGCGCCAUAAGGUAGCGUGCUGGCAGCUGGACCUUCAUGGCCCUGGUUCGGCCUGUUUCGACUCGGAGACGGUGGCCGGGGUCGGCCGCAUUUCCGAGCAGCCGCGGUGGCGCCUGGGUGCUGGGCUGGCGCGCCAUCAUGCCUUCGAGUGCGUUGGGUUCUUGCUGGACAGCGAGACGGGCCAGGUUGUCAGGGGCGCUGGCGGGGCGCCGUGCCAGCUCGACGCCGAGGUGAGGCGCGUGCUUGACAGCGAGCGCUGGGAGCGCAGCGUGGAAGCAUGCGGCGUCGGGCGCUGGACAGGUCUGUCCUCGGCGCCGAGCGAGCCGAGCAGGUCAGCGCUGGUUCCGCACUUGGGAGCGGUGGAGAACUGCUUGGAAGCGGGUCGCCGCGAAGCUCCGGCUGACGCGGGCGUGGCGGUGAGCCAGAGCGAGGGCGGCGGCGUCGUGGAGGAGCCCGCCGCAGCUGCCAGCCGCUGGUGGCGCCUCGCGACUCCGGGCAGGGCCCGGGUCAGGAAAGCGCUCGACGCCAGGGAGUGCGCCGCUGCUGUCGCGGAGGAGGGGGAGCUGGGUAUCAGCGAUCUCGAGUGGCGCUCCGUGGGCGCAGCCGCGCUCGAGACCUGCCGCCAGUGCGUGCUCGCAUUCUGCGUCUGGGCCCGCUGCUCGCUGGAUGCGCGCCUGGUGGAUUGCGCGAGCGGUGAGUUCCUGCAGGGGGUCAAG